AUGGCGCUGGCAGUGAUGGGUGCCAGCAGCAAGGCGGCUCCGGCGAGCUCCGGAGCCUCGAAGGUCACCAAGGCUCCGAAGAUGGACAGCAAGAAGGCCUUCGAGAUUCCAGGCCUCCAGGCCCGCCCUUACCACGAUGACGAGCUGCAGGUUGCCUUUGAGAUCAUCGAUCUUGACCGACAUGGCGAGAUUGGUUCCGCUGACAUCCGGAGAGCGCUGCAGCUCUGUGGGGAGAGCGAGCCCACGGAUGCGGAAAUCCAGGAGAUGAUCCGCUUGAUGGAUCCAGAUGGUAGUGGCUCCAUCGAGUUCCCGGAGUUCCGGCGCUACUUCUUUGACCCGCCUCCGCUUUUCCGAAACUUCGAUCUCCACCGGCGCGGUGGCGGCGAACGGGACCUUGAGGAGGAAGUGGGAGAGAAUGAGCCGCUGCCUGCGUUAGAGGACGCGUCCCAAGGGGACGAGACACCAGAGGGCGUGCAGCGGUCGGACAGAAAGAAAAAGUUCACCAUCAAGGCCGCCGAGGAGACUGGCGACCCACGCUUCAAGCACAUCAAAGGCCUCAUCAAGGGUGGAAUCACACCGGACAUCAUCCGCCACAUCUACCAGAGCUUUGUGGAGCUUGACGACAGCGACUCUGGCUACAUGUCAUUUCAGGCUUUCUGCAAAGUCUUUGGGAAGGAGCCCUCUGCGGACAUGCGGGAGAUCUUUGAUGCCUUCGAUGCCGAGCACGAGGGAGAGCUCGACCUCAGGCAGUUUGUGAUCGGACUCUCCACGUGCGCCCCUCCAUGCCCCGCCGCCCUUCGAAGCCCCGGUUUGGGCGAGGAUGUGACGUUGGAGUUCUUGGAAUUGCUUGGAUCCUCACCUUGA